UCAAAAUAACAAAUACUGCUAGCUGCACAGUGCGUAUUUAUUUUGCAUACGCGUUCGUUCGCUCGCGCUCGUACAUAACCUAAAACUAGAGCAACAAUAAAGACAAGGCGGCAGUCGUCUGCUGCACGUUGGUAGGAUCUAUACCGAGCAAAAUAAUAAUAUACACAAACGCACGCGGGCGAGUGUCAUAAUUCGCAUAAAAGUGAACAUAAAAUAACGAUGCCGAGAACAAGAUCAGCGAGCAAUAAGCAGGCCAAGAGGCCACUGACGGAGGAGGAGGAGGCCGAACAGGACGUGGAGAAGCUCAAGGAGAUGUACAACCUGUCGGACAGCGACGAGGACGCGAGCCCCUACGUGGAGAGGCGACACAUGCGAUGCAGGCAGAAAGGCACGACGAUUCGCAGCAAAGAACGCGAGCUCAUACACUGCAUCGUGGACGCCUGCGACCAGGAGGCCAAGCAGAAGUGCCUCAUCUGUCCGCUGAGGCAGGCCACGAGGCGAGCCGCCCUGUACACGCGCGUCUCCGAGAGGACGAUCAAGAGGAUACGCGAGGAGGCCAAAUUGGGCAUCGAGUGGUCCGAGGAGGAUUACGGUCGACCGAAACGCCUGAGAAUGUCGCACGAAUUCGCCUGCAAUCUGUCCUUCCUGUUUCAAGAGGAGGAAAACUUUCUCGGCAGAUAUGCCCUCGCGAAAGAAGCCGGCUUCGUGGCCGUCGAGUCGGGAUUCCCUCUGGGAUUCAGCGUCGAGCAAGUGGUGAGAGCUAAAGAAGAAGCGGGAGUCGAUCAAGUGCUCAUAAAUGUUUUUACAGGAGAUACUUCGAAAGGAGAGCUUGGUUUUGCUGCCAUUCCGGGAAAGGAGGAAGACUUCAAAAAAAGUAUUGAAACAACUAUAAACUAUGCUAAGGCAUUGAAAUGUAAAAAAAUCCAUGUUAUGGCUGGAAAAGUAGAUAAUCCAACUCAGGAAAAUCACACUGCUUAUGAAAACAAUUUAAGAUAUGCUGUAGAAAAAUUUGCAUCUGAAGAUAUUAUAGGUCUUAUUGAACCUAUCAAUCCUAUUACAGUGCCAGGCUAUUAUUUAAACUCCUAUGAGAGAGCCAUUGAAGUAAUAACAAAAAUAAAUAGUCCAAAUCUUAGACUACUUCUUGAUGUUUUCCAUCUUCAGCAAAUACAAGGCCGGAUAACUAAUUCAAUAGAGAAACUCCGUCCAUAUAUUGGACACGUCCAAGUAGCUCAGGUACCACACAGAGGAGAACCCGACACCAAAGGAGAAAUAGAUUACGCUUAUGUAUUCCGGCUGUUGGAAGAGCACGAUUACAAAGAUUACAUAGGUCUUGAAUACAAGCCGAAAACGACUACCGAGACAGGCCUCAAAUGGAUACAGCGCCUUGGGUUCAUGUUUUAAAGAAAUUUUAUACUUUUGUUAACUUGUACAUAGAUUUCAAUUGUUAAAUGAGAUGCUGAUCCGAUAUGUUUAUACAAGGGAGGAAAUAAAUAAGAAAUAUUUAUUAUAAUAAAUUUAAGAACGGAAAAAGUA